AUGAUAUCAGAGAUCCGACGUGGUGUCCACACAGUCUGGGGAGGGAUCGGCGCAAGCGAGGAGCGAAAGCUGAGAAACGUUCUACAGAAACCGGUUGAUGAUGUUGGUACGCUGGAGAAAAUGUUAUCGAGCACGACGAAGCGGCGCAGAGAGGGCUAUGAUUCAGUCAUCGAUACGAAGCGCCACAAGACGCAUCGCUCCUCAGAAGAACCCUCCCAUCACAACAAGAACUCCGUUUCUCCACCUCACAUCGCAGCAGAUGCCUAUUGCAAGACCGAGAAGACAGAGGAUGACGUCGACUUGAUCAGCACCACGUCCUUCAACCCCGUCGUUGACCUCACCUCGAAUACUACAUCAGACGAAGAGAGCCAUCAGGCUUCCAUGACCUCCGGGGUCGAUGCUUUUUUGGCUUCCGCUGCGACAGUAAAUGAGCAGUGUGUUCAUGAAAACGACACAUACGCUACCCGGAGACGGCUCAUCAAGAAAGAAGAUGACGAUAGCAGUGAAGAGGAAGCCUGUGAUGCUAUGGUCAAGCCACAAGGGGCUCACCAAGAUGAAAGCCCCAACGCCAUCGAAGUUUGGUUUCGAGACAAGGUUCACCGCGGGCACGAAAUUUUGGGCCUGCUAGCACUGCUUGACUUUCACGAGUCUGAUCCUGCCAACUGCAAGGCUGGCAGUGAAAGUUGCCGGAAUGUCCGAAGAAAAGUCGAAGCAGCUGAGCAUUUGAUGGGGUAUGAUUGGGAGAAGACUGUUGACCCACUGGCUCGCGUCGUUUCUUGGCACCUGAAAGAUACAGGCGAGGACUUGGAGGAUGUCUUGGAAAAGUUCCAAGACCACGCAAAGAAGAUUGAACCUCAGCCCGACUGGGACGACCUAUUACUUGACAACGCGGAGUGUAUCGACCGUUUCAGACCCUCGCAGAAACACCACAUCUACGGCACCGGCGUUGAACGCCUGCCUACCUCCACGUCAGAGCUUUUCCUGCCAGACCGCCAAACGACACUCUGCAGCUCUAGCAGCCGUUCUCGUCUCUCCCCUCGGAUCGUGGCCGGGACACCCAACAAAACCGAGCAAAGCCAAUACAUCUCCCACCUCAGUAACGCAUCGACCGUGUCCCGGGGCCACCAAACCAUCUACACGCCAGGCAGUAGCUGUCAGAAAGAGGCGAUGGGUACUUCACGCAUUGUCUCCAAAAAGGUGCACUGGCCUACUGGCAAGGAGACUGUUGCCGACACUGGGAAGAACUUUACCAGGGACAGACGCGAAGCGAGACGACAGCGACGAGGAGCCUGA